CUGCAGUUCUACCUGGAGCCCCCCACGGAAAACAUCUCGCUGGUGGAGUUUGAGAGCUUUGCCAUCGACCGCCUGAAGCUUCUCAAAAUAGUUGAAAACCUUGGUGUGAGCCAUGUAAAAAGUGGUGAGUCAUACAAAACUAAGCUGGGGACUGAGCUCCGGAAACUUAAGUUUGCCUACAAAGCUUUGGCUGAGGAUGAUUACGAGGCAAGAAGAAAAGACCAUAUCUCUCAUUUUAUACUCCGCCUUGCUUACUGUCAGUCUGAGGAUCUCAGGCGUUGGUUUCUUCAACAAGAAAUGGAUCUCUUGCGAUAUCGCUUCAGUGAACUAACUGACAGUUUAAGGCAGAAAUUCCUGGAACAUAUUAACUUAUCUUUUGAAGCU